GUGGGCCACCACCUGGGGGCUUUGACAGAGCUUGCGACAUCUCGGAUACUUAAGGAUAAAAUGUCUUGAUUGAUGUUUUGAAACUAACAGGUGCAUCAGGCUCCAGAAGGAAAACACAUGAAUGCCCUAUUUCUCUGAAGAAACAGAAGAGGUGAACGAGCUUCUUAAAGCACAGAGAGGACACAAUGGCAAACUUGUGGUAUGUAAGGUGGAAGGAAACACCAAACUAAAGCCACUGAAGCUGAAAACUCAUUACUUUUGGUAAAAAUAAUGGAUUCACGAAAAGCAAAUGGUAUUUCACCAAAUGAGAAUGGAAGCCAAAGAAGACCUUCAUAUUCAAUAGAGACGCCCUAUGGAUUUCAUCUGGAUCUGGACUUCUUGAAGUAUGUUGACGACAUUGAAAAAGGCAACACCAUCAGAAGGGUGCCUAUGCAGCGAAGGCAAAGGGGACGAAAUAAUGGCAUCCUGUCCCGUAACUUAAGCCUCCCAGGUUACGGAUGUCGAGCUACGCAAUGGAACUCCCUCAGCACUUUUUGGCCCAAAACCCAGCCCUUCGACUUUCGCUCUAGUGACAGGAGGGCAGAACCCAUCUACACGCCCUUAACAACAGCAGAGAUGGAUGCUAGCAUUAAGGCUUUCGAUGAGCAGCCUUUAGGAUGUUAUGUCAGGCCAAAUCUCUUGAGAGCUUCCAGUUUACCCUUGACAGUUUUAUUGAGAAAACACUCAGAGUCAACCGAAGACCCAACCAGCCCCAAACAAUAUUUAGCAAAGCAAAACGGUUCAUCGGAAGAUGUCUUCAAUGCAUCGUACAGCAGGACGGCUGGAGCGAACGGGACCCUCCGGCGGCUCACGUCAGCUCUUGAGCGGGUUGGAGAAUUGGAAGAGGAGAUCAGAGUCAUUCCUGAGCUCAAGGCUCAGAUCUGUAUUUUGCAAGAGGAGCGAGAAAGGCUUUUACAUCAAUUGCAUUCCCAAAAUGACACCACUGGACCUUUGGAUGAUCCUACCGUUCCCUUGUGUGCUUUGAUAACUAAAGAAAAUAAAGAUCAAGCAAGUGACGAUUGGAUGAAUCGAGAAUAUGAUCGACUAGAGAAGAAUGUCAAGGACGCAGUAGUGACACCUUCAGUCACCCGCAAAACACUUCCAGAGCGAUCGCCUCACGACGGAGACAAAACCAAAUAUCUUACUGAGGCUCUACAGAAGAAAAUUGUGAAUUUGGAACAAGACCUUCAUAGACUGGAAGUAGAGCUGGAAAGGAGUAGAGAUCUGCUGAAACAGCAAGUAGAGGAGAGCCAUAUCAAGGAUGAGAAGAUCAAGCAGUUGACCAUACUGCGUGAUACAGUGGCUAUACCUGAGACUAACUUGGUAACUACACUAAAUCUUGAACCUGUGCUAGAGUCAUGCGAAGCAGCAGUAGGUGAGCAAGCUCAAGAAACAACUGCAAAUGAAGAUUUAAGGCAACCUACAGUAUCACAUGCAGACAUAAAGUGCCAUGUUAAACAACUGCAAAAGCUCCUUCAAGAGCAGUGGGAAUGUCUCUGCAAAGACGACAUAUCAGGAAAAACAUCUUCUGAGCAUCUACCACCACGGGUCUGCACUAUUCAAGAGAAGUUAGUCACUUUAGUCAAGGUGCUGUCACUCUAUGUGCUUCCUACUGGAGAACCAGAACCAGAAUCCAAAAUGAAAGAACUUGGAAAGGUGGAGUCUGAGAACCUUAAAAGACAAAGUCUGAAGAAAAUCAGUUUAGGAGAAAGUGAAAGUGUUGAGCAUAGUAAAGAAGACUUUUACCUUGAGAAGAACACCAGUCAGGAAACUGACAAACCAUUGACCUCCUGGAUACUAGACCCUACAGUGCAGAAAGGAAAUAAUGAACUAAAAUACAAUCAAAAAGAUGCCAUCGAUGAAAGGACCACAGAACAGCAAGAUCUCAAUAAACAAGCAAGUCAAGAGGGAGAUGGGACUGAAAUAGUAAAAGAUGAAGAGCAAAGGGUAGGAGGAGUGGACUCUAGUCAAAAAUCACAGACGCACAAAGUAAAGAGUGAAGAAUACAGGAACGCGGUCAAUAAAGAUUUCAUGGAUGCAUGUAAUUUCCUAAACAACCACAUGGAUAAAUUGUCUGAGCCUGAUGAUGAAAUGAGCAAGGCUCUCACUGUGGUGUUCCAGCAAUGGUUUCAUGUGUCUGCUGAGGAGGACGCGCAAGCUGACAUUGUUGCUUUGUAUCUCAAUGAGGUUAAUUUACAAACACCCACAGUUCUUCCCUUCCUGGUCAACAUGGUGGAUGAUAAUGGAAACACUGCUCUGCAUUACAGCAUCUCUAAUUCAAACUUCAAUAUUGUCAAGCACCUUUUAGACACAGGGGUGUGUAAAACAAAUCUUAGUAACAAGUCUGGAUAUACAGCUGUCACGCUGGCCUCCAUGUCAGAUGCAGAAUCUCCAGAGGACCUGCAAGCGCUUCAGCAACUGAUGGAGCUUAGUGAUAUCAACAGUCAUGUUGGCCAGGUGGGACAAACAGCCCUCCACUUGGCAGUAAGACAUGGACGCGUCCCAAUAGUUCGUCUCCUGCUGGCACAGGGAGCGGAUCCUAAUGCCCAGGACCAGGCAGGAACAACCCCAUUGAUCAGCGCAUGCGAUAGGGGGAACGCCAGCAUAGUGCGUAUUUUGUUGGAGGAGGCAAACUGCGAUGUUAAUUUAAAAGAUAAGGGUGGUCGCAGUGCACUAUCUCUGGCAACACAGGCCUCCCAUACAGAGAUCGCAGAUCUUCUAAAAGCCCGCACAGAAACCAAGAGCUCAGACAAGUGCAAGGUGUCCUAGGAUGAAGCAUGGACAUCUUAUUCCUCCCUGCUCAUUUCACUGAGCUUCAUUGAGCAUAACACUUAUACUUUAUGUACAGUAACUUUUCAAAAGGUAUUGGAGAAGUCUCAGUAAUAUUUCAAAAUUUUGCACACUAAAAUGAGCUUGCUUGUAUGUAAAUAUGACGUUUGUUAAAACCUGAUUAUAAAACACAAAUCUUAUUAAUCCCACCUGGAAAAGCUGCUUUUUACAACUGCUUCUGUAAUUGUUUAAGUACAAUAAACUAAACAAUGGCAAGGAACUUUAAACCUUUUCCAAUCCAAUUGACUGAGCCAACUCAGGGGAUCAUUAUAACAAAUAUCAUUAACAAACAUUGUUAUGCUACGAGUGCUGACUGAGUUUCUCAGUUGCCUCUUUUAUGGCAACACUAUUUGGGAUAUCUUUCACAAAUUCACACUUGCAGGGCUGAUCUUUGGGCACAUACGUUUUAUUCUGUCGCCAGUGGUGGCCGGUGACUUCUUUUUCGAGGGCACACGAUGCAAAGCUCGUCAAAACAUGUAUUUAGCCCAUCAUGUAUGUGGCUCGUCUUGUCAAAAUAUGUGUUUGGCGCGUCAUGUUUAUUGUGUAUCAGGCAUCAUGUCAAAAUACAUGCCUUCUACAUGUAUCUUGAGAUGCUCACGUUUGCCAAAAACUCGCUUAAUCCUAUGUGUAAUAAGAGUUUAGUGUUAAGUGAGUGUCUUGCGUGUAGUUUAUGAACAUGGGCAUCUACUUUAUCAUAAACCCUUUAGACGCCUAUGAAGCAGUCCCGUAUUUUGACAUGACGCAUGAUGCACAUGACACACCGAACACAUAUUUUGAAUUUGCGCCCAAACAUCUUUUUGAGUAGCUAAUAUUUUUAAGUUGAAAUUAACUCAAAAUUUUAAAGGGACAGUAAGUAGGAUUUUAAGUGUUUUAUUAUUCAAAUAAUCAUAAAUAUGUCCUCGUUGGUGUCAAAUGACCUCUACCAAUGAUCUGACUUUUCUUUGUAAGCUUAGAAUUUCUUCUCUUUACUUACAUUGAACGGUUAAGUCCAAGGAGGCUUCCAUGUCGUUCCACCG